AUGACCACUUCUAUUACCAGCACUACCAAAAAAAAAAAUAAAAAAAUAUUAUCCAUUCAAUCACAUGUUGUUCACGGAUAUGUUGGAAAUAAGGCUGCCACUUUCCCUUUGCAAUAUAGAGGAUGGGACGUGGAUUGUUUAAAUACCGUCCAAUUUAGUAAUCAUCCAGGUUAUGGCUCAUUUUCUGGGUUCAAAUAUCCUUCCAAUGAAUUAACUGACAUUUUACAAAAUGGACUCUUAAAUUUCCUAAAAUUAAAUUAUUCUGCCAUUUUGACCGGAUAUUAUCCUUCGCCUGAGGGCUUUUUAAAAAUAAGUGAAAUUUUAGAGGAACAAUACAAUAGUAAUAAAGAUAAUUGUGAUAUGAAAUGGAUAUUGGAUCCUGUUUUAGGUGAUAAUGGUAAAUUAUAUGUUACUGAAGGAAUGGUUGAAAUUUAUAAAAAAAUAUUAACUGAAUGCCACAUAUUUUGCUGUACACCUAACCAAUUUGAAAUGGAAUUAUUAACAGCUGGUCAAAUUUCCACUUUUGACGACUUGUAUAAAGGUUUUAUCAAGUUCCAUGAGUUGUAUCCCAAUGUUAAAUAUAUUGUAGUGACAAACUGCAACAUUCAAUUAUUGCACAACAAUUCACAUGAUGAUAAUAUAAUAGUUGCCUGUUACAAUACUAUAACCAAUAAAAUGCACUACUGUAAAACUCCCUUAAUACCUGCAAGGUUUUCUGGGAGUGGCGAUUUAUUCACUGCAUUGUUAACAGACCAAUUAUUGCAAAACAAUGAUGGAGUGGUGGUUAAUUCUUUACACGAUGCUGUAUUGAAAAGUAUAUUCUUAGUUGAUCAAAUAUUAAGAAAUACUUUGGACUUAUAUAUUAAAGAUAAUAUCGGUAGUACGGAUAAUGCACAACCAGUGAUAAAAGAUUUGAAGCUUAUUCAGUCUAGACAUAUUUUAGAUAUAAUUGAUCCCACUUCACCAUUUGAAGCAAUAGAGUACGACCCUAUGAUAUACUUUUGA